GGUAUUUUCAAAUUGGAAGUUCGUCUUUCCUAUUUUCACGUUUCAUUGGAACGCAUCAUCGUCACCAGGAAUUAGCUUGUCGUUUUCGUGAAGUAGCUAGCUUGUCAGCUAACCUGACACAGCCAUCUAUUUUUAGAUUAUCAAACAUAAUAAGUAUGUCUUUUAAAAGGGAAGGUGAUGACAAGAGUCAGUUGAACAUCCUGAAGAAACGGCGUGUGGCAGAUCUUUUGUCUAAUUUUAUUCCCGAAGAUGAAGCAGCUCUUAUGAAGAAUGGAAGAUACACUUGCCUUGUGUGCUCCUACCGUCCGGUGUUUGAUACAGUUGAUAUGCUGACAGUCCACAGGAAGGGGAAAAGGCACCUAGAAGGAUUAAAAUCAUUCUAUGGCAAGAAAGCUCGGCUAAAAAAUGAAAUAACAAAAAGGCAACAUGAAAACUACAUCCAGGUUGAAGACAGAGAACAGGAACCAUCCAGUUCAGCCCCUUUACUUGAACAAACACGGAAGCUUACACAUCACGCUUUAUUGAAGACUGUACCAUACAACAGUUGCCAUCGAAAAACAAGCACAAAAUCUGAAAAGGGACCAGAAAGCAUCAGCUCAGAUCCCAGUGGCAACGCCAGCAGCAAAAUGCCAUCUGAGCAAGAACACAUGCGUUGGAAAUCUGAAGUUUCAAACAGUGUACCACCAAGCAGCUCUAGUAGCUUCACAGCAGCCAAUAAAGAGUUACAUCCAUCAAAAGACAUAAAAGGAUCUCAGCUUACAGUGGCACAGGAGGCAGAGCCCAUAACAGCCCAGAGGAGGAGCGAGCUGGAGCACUACCUCAAACUGAAAAGGUACAGAACAGUUUUUUUGUUUUAUCUGUUUAAACUGGCUGUAUUUUUGGCUGUAAACAUCUCAUUGUUUACAGUACAUUUCACCUUUUUCUUUUUCCUAGUGAUGGGUGGCUACAAGACCGCAGUGGCCAGUGGAUUAAAGACGAGAAUGUUGAGUUUGAUUCAGACGAGGAGGAGCCUCCUUCGCGUGCAAGCCUACCCACAAGUCACUGAGAGGACUAAGAACUGUGGGAACACAACACAGAUUAACUUGUACCACAGUGGUACGUUCAGAAGUCACGCUGCUGUUUGAAACAGCCACAGCUCCACGUGUAAGGACUUUGUGUAACAGAUUUAUGCAUUUCAUAGAAUCACAUGGUUUCCUUGUGUCGACUCUACAGCGCCUUCCUGUGUAAUCUGUGGACUCAGUCAUGAGUCAUAACAGAAACAUGAUACUCACCAGUGAUCAUCAGCUGCUACUGCUACUUUUAUUCUGCUAAGAAAAGUCACAAUUUAAUGAAAAGUGUCGGCUGAUUCUGUGAACAGGUUUAUAUCAACUCCUGUUACUCUAACUUGCUGAAAAUGUUUUAUGUUUGGAACAUUCUACAUGGAACAUUAACCAGAAUUAAAGAUUACAACAAAGGAUACCAUUAAGCAUUUUUGAACAUGUCUCUUCUGUCAGUGGUGGGUUUUUUUUCUGUGUCCACUGAUAAAAACUCCAGCCAUGCUUGUGUCCUAAUGUCUGGGAGACUUUAGAAGAUAAUCCUGGUUAUUACUACUAUUUUUAUAGUUUUGGCCAUGAGUUCUAUUGGUUAUGUUCACCAAAGUAGUUUCUGAGAUCUGGGAACGAAGAGAUGUUGGUACAACAAAGUCUUGUCAGUAAUAGCCUCUCAUUGCACAGGAACUGUACACAACGCUGAAUCAGGAAGUUGUUCUGUAAAAUGUGGUGGAUGUGUGAAAUAGGAUCAGUUUGACUAACCUGGGGGUUUGUGUUUCCUGCUUGGUCUGGCUUCUUUUUAGUGAUGUCACUAUGUUCUCAAGUCUGAGCAAUUCAUUUGUUGAGUGCAGUUAUUUUUACUGAUUAAAAUUUGUCAAAUUUGA